AUGGCAGCUACGGCGUCAGCGCCGCCUGCCCUCUCUCCGGGGCAGGCGACGCUUGAUCACGACAGCAACAUCUCCAGCCCUCUGAGCGACGUCGAAGACAAGGACGGCGAGGUUGACUCGCUAGACGGCAUGCAGCUGGACCUUCCUCAGGACGACCCCGACGAAGCGCUCGACUCUGACAGCAACCUGUCCGAGGCGAACGACACUGAGGCGGAGACUGAGCGUCUUUUCGACACCCCGCAGGCUCAGCGCCACAAGGACGUGGUUGUCAAUCAGUUCAACGACGGGCAGGUCUUCGAUCGCACACCAAGCAAGCUCCAAAAAACAUUUUCCGUCGACGCCACUGACGAUGGCGACGACGAGAGCCUUUCCGACCGCGACGACGUGUCGAUGAUCUCAAGCCACGCCGACGAAGCCUCACCCAGCAAGCCCAAGAAGUCCACCACGCUGCCAUCUACCGAGGAUGAUACUGAGAAUAUUGAUACGAAAAAGAGAAAGCGAUCGCCGGUCGCGGAGUCGUCUGAGCCAGGCCAGCCUGCCAGGAAGCGCACUGGGUCGGUUGUGCCCCACGAGCAGGACCAGCGCAAGAAUGACGUGGAGAUGCAAGAGGACGAGGUCCCCUCCACAGCUUCCCACACUGACGACCACUCUGCGACCGACGACAAUGCUCCAGAACUUGCGCCCAUCAAGCGUGGUCCCUUGCGAGACGGUCACAGCCCGGUCAAGGAUUUACAAAUAACGAAAAAGAUAACCCGCAACGGCAGCAGGCGGAAGGGUCACGCCCCAGAGACCAACGAGCACGAGGGUCUCGAUGGUGACGGUCGGGAUGAUGGUCGCAAUGACGAAGACUCGGGACCCCACGCUGACGACCAUGCUGAGCAAGAGGGCGACGAGGACGCGGAAGCGUCAAAGAAUGAUGAAGAGAUGGAAAGAAAGCGUGCAGCAGUCGAGGAGUGGACUGAUCUCGAGGAGAAGUUUGUGGUCUUCCGUGAACGAUUAUACAAGGAUCGACUAGAGCGCCUCGAGCAAGAAGAACAGUCCCUGCAAGCCGAGCCGCCAAGCCACCCCGAAUAUCUAAACAUGAAGCAAUGUUUGGACGAACGGCUAGAAAAGAAGCUCCGCAACAUUGAAAAAGAGUAUGAGCUAUCGGUCGAAGCCUUGGAGCGACUCGCUGUGGCGCGCCGGGCUCAGAUCUGGAAUCAAUUUUACCAGGGAGCUCGAGAAUCACGCUCCAAGAUGCUCGAACACCUCAACAAGGAAUGGUACGAGACGCAGAAUGCCAGACGCAGCGCACACAGUGUUCCGGACUACGGGCUUCUGUUUCCUACCAACCCGACACAGCGCACGAGGAACGCUGUCGCGUACAAUUCGGAAGUUUCCUUCUUGGCUGGGCUUGCCAAGCACGAGGGAUUCCCGGCAGUGCCGCCCAUGCGAGGCGCAAAUGGGUCGGAGAUUGAAGAUGAUCUGGAGGCCAUGAAGCGCAAUUCAAAGCCACGUCAGCGAUCAAUCAUGCAGCCAAUUGAGGAUUAUCAGGCGGUUGCCUUCGGGGGAAAUCUUGGACCUGCUGGUGAGCAGUUCAUCAAAGACACUCCUUGGGCCAACCCGAACCACAUUGCGCACAAGAUCACCACAGGGCCAGUAGCACCUGUUGCUGGCGCAAAACCCCAAGCAGCGCAAGCAAGUAAAACAGGAGCAGGCCCGUCUCACGCUCAUUCGAUGCCAAUCAUCACAAAUGGCCAUGCCGCCGCGCAUGCUUCGCCACACAUGAAUCGGUUUACUUCAGCGUCUCCCGAGAUGGUGCGAACAGCCAAUGUUCUGACCCAGAGCGCUCAGAUGAAGCGUGCGGGGAGCCGCACUUCGAAAGCUGCGAAGGACACGGCUCCUAAACAGGAACCGGUGUCGGCGAUGGCAAGUUAG